GCUGUUAACGGUAUGGAACCGGAACCGGAACUGGAACACACUAGGUCUCGGCUUGAGAGAGGUUAUUUGUUGAGAUGGCUGCGAAAGAUGUUCAACCGCAACACAUUCAGAUAGAUUUUAGCAAUGAAUUACUAAGUUCAUCAGAACUAUUUCAAAGACGGAGCCAAAGUAGAGAUAAGAUUCCUGUGAGGGGACAAAAAGAGUUUUUACCAAACAAUUCUGUGCAGCAAAAGGCAAGUUUGCAGAAGACCCUUGAUGAGCACUGGAUGCUUGUGACAGAGGAACGAGUGGACAGAGUUGGGAACCUUGUAAAUGCAGAAUGGAUCCCUGACGAAAAGCUAGUGAAAUUGCUGUCUCCAGCAGGAAAAUUUUGGCAGACAAUGGGAUUUUCGAACCAAGGAAAGCAGUGCUUAUUUCCAGAGGAGGCUCUUUACCUCAUGGAAUGUGGCAAUGUACAAGUGUUCUACCAGGAUCUUCCUCUCUCCAUCCAGGAGGGUUAUGAACAUUUCCUUUCUAAUGAAACUGUGACUUUCCAUCAGUACCAGGUUUUUGGUCAUUUAAAGAGACUUGGAUACGUGGUAAACCGAUUUGAUAGUAGAUCAAGCAAGCAACUGAAGAGGAAAUUAUGCCAGAGUCCUAGUUUUAGACUGCGUAAUAAGAAAAGUCCAGAAGUGACUGCUGGACAACAUCAAGGUGAAAUUAAGACUAAUGUCCCAUACAGUAAAUUUGAUGCUCCAAGCCAACUGGAAACACAGCAAGCCAUUCAGGAUGGGACAUCAAGGUCUGAUCCAGAACCAGACAGUGCUCCAGGGAGGAACUGGUGGACAAAUACAUCAAGCCUAUUCCAGGGUGAUUCAUUACAUCCUUCAGGACAGCACCAGGACUUCAGCUGCAUUGUUUUUCCAGACCUUGGCUCAUAUAGGGGUAAAAGGACUUGCCUGCCCCCUCCAGAUCCCAGCUUGCUCCCUGGUGCUCUGCAAGUAGCUGAGUGCAACAUGGCCAAAUGGCACAGAAAUGUCAAUCUGAAAAAAGAAAAGUGUCAAACGGAACAAAACCGACACAGAUGCAACAUUAAUGAUGACCAAGGGGUGCGGCAGUGCAGGAACUGGAUUGAGUAUUUAGAGCUGGUGGAGAAAAGAAGAAGCCAGCAGCACACUGAAAGGCCCACACACAUUGUGGAACAGGAGGUUAUGCCUCUUGCUCAGCCUGGAAAAUGUUGUUCACAUCGUGAUCUACUGGAAAAAGUCAGCAUUAUUCAGUCCUAUGGUUUGCCGCAAGAAAACUCCAGUUUAACCAACUCAGACCAGUGGAGGGUCACUUUCAAUGUGUACCAGCCUGACACAGAGUUUAAGAAGAGUUCUCCAGGAAAGCCCCAUACACGCUUGUGUGUUUGCAGUUUUGAUGGUCUGAUGCCGAACUUGCACGUCUUGAAGCAGCUGUCCUUCCAAAGUGGAGAUGUGCCUUUGACGUUCGCGGUGGUAGACCAUGGAGACAUUUCCUUCUACUGCUUCAAGGAGUUUAAGCUGCCAACUGAUGUCUAUUGACAGGACUUAAAAUAUGUACUUCCAUGUCAGUCGACAACAUUGAUGGACCUAUUGUAACCAACAAACUCAUCGUAAGUAUCAGUGGGUUAGUGUAUUUCCAUAUAAUAACAUUUUAUGCCAUUUAAAAAAUACUUAUUCAUGUCAGGUCUAACAGCACACUUCAGACGGUAUAAACAUAUUAGAUAACAUAUUUUGCACAAAACGUGUACUUAUAAGUUCAAAUCAGGUCAACAAAGUUAUUAUCUUUCGAAUGGAACAUGUGUUUAUUACUGUAAAAUAACAUCACAAAUAAUAAAGUUAUUUUAUGACAAU